AUAUCCCACUUAGUGUUCUACAUACAUCUUGCAGAAACAAAAGUAGGUAUAUUCAGGCAUUCUGCUUAUAUGUAAAUCCUACACAUGAGCAAGGCAAGCAGGGACUAACGUGAACACUUAAACAUACCUAAUGUGAUUCAAGUUCUUGGAUUCCAUGUACUUUUGCUUUCCAUGAGUUUAUGCACUACACAAUUAUAUUAUGUACUUCAGAUAUUGAGAAGAAAGCUUUGUCGGAGAAAAAAAAGAAUAGGAAAAGAGAUCAAGAGAAAGAAGUUAGUACAUAUAGUUUGCGGAAGAGGGAGAGAAAAACAUAUAUGGAAAUAAAUGAGCCAAAUGAUGAUGAUUACUUGUUUUGUGAAUACUGCCUGCUAUUCUUUACUGAUGAAUGUUCAGUUCAUGGUUCUCCAGUUUUCAUCAAGGAUACAGCAGUAGAAAUAGGACUGGAAGAGAGGGCCACCCUCACUUUACCUCCAGGUUUGAGAAUUGGUCCUUCAGGUAUCCCCAAAGCUGGCUUUGGAGUCUGGAAUGAAGGAGAAAUACUGCCCCCAGGAAUUCAUUUUGGGCCCUAUGAAGGGAAAAUCACAGAGGAAGAAGAAGCAGCCAACAGUGGUUAUUCUUGGCUGAUUACUAGAGGGCAAAACAGCUAUGUUUACAUUGAUGGAAAGGAUGAAACUAAUUCCAACUGGAUGAGGUAUGUUAACUGUGCCCGGAAUGAGGAAGAGCAAAAUCUUGUUGCCUUCCAGUAUCAUGGGAAAAUCUACUACAGAGCAUGUAAGAUAAUCCUUCUUCAUUCUGAGCUUCUGGUUUGGUACGGAGAAGAAUAUGGAAAGGAGCUUGGCAUCAAGUGGGGCUCUAGAUGGAAAUCAAGAAAAGUACACAGGCAGAAUUCACGUUUGAUACAGGAGCGAGGUAUCACCUGUCAUCAGUGUCCCUGCUGCAAAUUGGCUUUCACUUUCAAAGAUUACCUUCACAGACAUAUGAAAUGGAGGCAUUCAGGAUAUGGAAUACAGCCUAAAGUACCUGAAAAUGUACUAGCAGAGAAAUCUCUAUUCAAAAUCACAAAUAGUGCUUCAAACAGAACUGUGCUGCAGCACCUAGUGGCAAGUUGUGUUUACAAAGAUAAAUAUGAUGAGACACUGUUUUUAAAAGAUAUAAACAAAGAGACACAGAGUAGAACUCAGCUUUCUAGAUGCAAUGAAAGUGGGACAACUUUAAAGCAGUUGUCACACCCAACCCAGCAAUUAUGUAUAGGAGAGAGGCCAUGCUCAUUUAGAGAGAGUGGGAGAAGCUUCAGCUACUCAUCAGUGCUGGUCACUCACAUGCAAACGCACACAGGAGAGAAGCCAUAUUCAUGUGGAGAGUGUGGGAAAAGCUUGAGCCAGUCAGGAGACCUGGCCAAGCACAAGCGAACGCACACAGGAGAGAAGCCAUAUUCAUGUGGAGAGUGUGGGAAAAGCUUUAGCCACUCAGGACACCUGGCCAAGCACAAGCCAAUGCACACAGGAGAGAAGCCAUAUUCAUGUGGAGAGUGUGGGAAAAGCUUCAGCUGUUCAGGAAGCCUGGCCAUCCACAAGCGAAUGCACACAGGAGAGAAGCCAUAUUCAUGUGGAGAGUGUGGGAAAAGCUUUAGCCACUCAGGAGACCUGGCCAAGCACAAGCGAAUGCACACAGGAGAGAAGCCAUAUUCAUGUGGAGAGUGUGGGAAAAGCUUCAGCUGUUCAGGAAGCCUGGCCAUCCACAAGCGAACGCACACAGGAGAGAAGCCAUAUUCAUGUGGAGAGUGUGGGAAAAGCUUUAGCCAGUCAGGACACCUGGCUUUGCACAAGCGAACGCACACAGGAGAGAAGCCAUAUUCAUGUGGAGAGUGUGGGAAAAGCUUUAGCCACUCAGGACACCUGGCCAAGCACAAGCGAAUGCACACAGGAGAGAAGCCAUAUUCAUGUGGAGAGUGUGGGAAAAGCUUCAGCUGUUCAGGAAGCCUGGCCAUCCACAAGCGAAUGCACACAGGAGAGAAGCCAUAUUCAUGUGGAGAGUGUGGGAAAAGCUUUAGCCACUCGGGAAGCCUGGCUUUCCACAAGCGAACGCACACAGGAGAGAAGCCAUAUUCAUGUGGAGAGUGUGGGAAAAGCUUCAGCUGUUCAGGACACCUGGCCAGGCACAAGCGAACGCACACAGGAGAGAAGCCAUAUUCAUGUGGAGAGUGUGGGAAAAGCUUCAGCCGCUCAGGAAGCCUGGCUUUCCACAAGCGAACGCACACAGGAGAGAAGCCAUAUUCAUGUGGAGAGUGUGGGAAAAGCUUUAGCCAGUCAGGACACCUGGCUUUCCACAAGCGAACGCACACAGGAGAGAAGCCAUAUUCAUGUGGAGAGUGUGGGAAAAGCUUUAGCCACUCAGGACACCUGGCCAUCCACAAGCGAACGCACACAGGAGAGAAGCCAUAUUCAUGUGGAGAGUGUGGGAAAAGCUUCAGCCAGUCAGGAAACCUGGCCAGUCACAUGCGAAUGCACACAGGAGAGAAGCCACCUUAGUGUAGCAUAGUGGAUAGAGCUACCAGUUCCAGUACAGAGCAUGGAGCUGUAUUUUGAAUGUUUUUAGUCAUAAAGUAAGCAGUCUGCAUUUCUGCUCAUCUAGCAGUUUUUGUGCAUUUCCCCAUCUGCUGUAGUAAGCAGGACUCUAAUCAUUUGCUGUCUACUCUGUAGGAAACUUCAUCACAAGUGACUAUUUCUAAAGCCAGCACCACUGCUCAUACCACCUCCUUGUUUUAGAGCUCUUAAAGACACAAUUUUGGGUAUAUGAACCUAGAAGUGAGUUUUUGUGUUGCAAGCCCUAGAAGUUUAUU